AUGAGUGGAGAGAUGCUAUCUUCACACGGCUUAACUGAGACUUUGUCCGCCUUCAGCUAUUUCAAGGAGCUGGGAUACACACAAGGCUUGCAGGUGACAUCCAAGGGCCCACAGACCAUCCGUAAGGCAGAGGGAGAGAGUGUGACCUUGGGAUGCAGCUACAAAUCAAGCCCUCGUGACACUGGGGAACUUGACAUUGAAUGGUCUGUGAUCAGUCCAGACACCACACAGAAAGAUCAAAUGCUUGUAUCCUAUACCAGUGGCACUAAGUACUUCUAUGGUAACCAUGCAUUUGAAAAAGAGCUCAGCUUUGCUGCUGGUGAUCCCUCGAUGGGUGAUGCUUCACUGUCGAUUGCUCUGCUGUCACCUGCUCACACCGCUACCUACCAAUGUAAAGUGAAGAAAGCACCUGGAGUGGACAUGCACAAGAUGUCACUGGUGGUAAUGGCGAAGCCGUCUGUACCUAAGUGCUGGGUGGAGGGAGGGGAACUGAUUGGCAAUCCUGUGUCUCUGCACUGCGAGUCUGCAAAAGGCUCCACUCCCUUAAAAUACACAUGGAGGAGAGAAAGAGCUGGCUCGAUCGCUGAUGGAGCCGCACAGAACAGUGUGACCGGAGAGCUGAAAAUCCGCAACCACUCAGAGAGCUUUGCAGGAAUCUACCUUUGUGAAGCAAACAAUGCUGUUGGAGUAGAAAGCUGCACGCUGAACCUGAAAGCCAACAAACCUCCAAACAGAGCUGCUGUGAUAGUUGGCACCAUUGUUGGUUCCCUGCUCCUCAUCUUUAUCUUCCUGGUCUUUGUUGUGCUUCUGUACUGGAAGUUGAGCAGCAGACAUCGCUAUGAGAAGGAAUUUUCCAAUGACAUCAGGGAGGACGCGCCACCUCCUGACAGCCGCCCCGUCAGCCGUCACACAAGCCAGAGCGCCAGUCAGCUCCCACAGGUCACUUACUGCCCGGUUGAUGGCACUGAGGUGAUGUCGUUGAAUGAGGGACUCAGCCACACUCCUUCCAGCACCAGCCACGGACACAGGCCGGUCAAACACACACCAGCAGAGUAUAACAGCAAAUAUGGAUAUGCAGUGUGA